AUGGUACAGUCGAGGCAUAAGGAUCUAAUAAAAGAGGCAAAUCAUUCAGAGGAAGGUUACUGGCGGUGCUUGUCUCCAUCUUCUAAUGUUGACAGUGUGACUCUGAAGGAAAGUCAGUGUCUUUCUCAGGUGUGGUGGAUAUGCAAUGUUGAAAACAGAAUAGAUCCAGAAGGCUGUUAUGAAGGCUUCAUCAAGGCUGGUGUAUCUGGUGUUGGUCCAGAUGGAGUGGGGGUGAAUGUGAUGGAGGGAGAUUCAGUCACUCUAAACACUAGCGUUAAAACAAACCAAAAAGAAAAGAUUAGAUGGUAUUUCGGUGACACUCGCAUCGCUGAAAUCAGUGGAGAUCUCAGUAAGAUCUGUACAGAUGUUCAGUGUAAUAAAGGUACUGAGAGAUUCAGAGGCAGACUGAAGCUGGAUCAUCAGACUGGAUCUCUGACCAUCACAAACACCAGAACCACUGACUCUGGAGAUUAUACACUAAAAAUCAGCAACAGUAACAACAGCGACAUUGGCAAAACCUUCUCUGUUGCCUUCCAUGGUGUGUCUGGUGUCAUUCCAGACAGAGUGUCAGUGUUUGCAAUGGAGGAAGAUUCAGUCACUCUACACACUGAUGUUAAAGCAAACCAACAAAACAGAAUCAGAUGGUAUUUUGGUGACACUCGCAUCGCUCAAAUCAAUGGAGAUCUCAGUUUUAUCUGUACAGAUGUUGAGUGUAAUAAAGGUACUGAGAGAUUCAGAGACAGACUGAAGCUGGACAAUCAGACUGGAUCUCUGACCAUCAUGAACAUCACAACCAAUGACUCUGGAGAUUAUCAACUAAAGAUCAGCAGUAAAAAGAACAACGAGAGUAUUAAGAGUUUCAUUUUCGCUGUUCAUGGUGUUUUUGCUGCUGAACGAAAUGAAAUGAAGAGAAAGUCAGUGACGGAGGGAGAAUCUGUUACUUUAGAUCCUUGCGAAGUAAAAAACCCAGAUGAUUUGAUGACAUGGUAUUUUAAUAGCAUGUAUAUGGCCAAAGUCAAUAGAGAUCUCAGUUAUAUCUGUACAGACAAUCAGUGUACUGAGAGAUUCAGAGACAGACUGAAGCUGGAUCAUCAGACUGGAUCUCUGACCAUCAUGAAAACCAGAACCAAAGACUCUGGACUUUAUGAACUACAGAUCAACAGCUGCAGAUUCAGCAUCAGCAGGAGCUUCAGUGUUACUGUAACUGGUGUUACUGUUACUGGUGGUUCAGAUCCAAGGCCAGCUUCAGCUGCAGAAAUAUGUGCUGCCGUUAUUGGGAGUGUUAUUGUAGGUGCUCUGCUGGUGGCUGGUGUGAUUUACCGCUACAGAAAAUAUACACAAGAUGGCAAGUAUUAUGUUCAGCUAACUGUCCAAGUUGAAAUUAUGAGAUUUAUUGUAUAAAUAUAAUCUUUAAAAAGAUGUUCAAGUAUGUGUUUCUAUCUUAAUUGAUCAAAUUAAGAAUGUGUUAUUGAUCAAACAG